AUGACAAGCACUGACGGUGUAGAGCUUAAGAGUACCAUAGAGUCUGACCUUCCUUGGAAAAUGGUGGCUAAAGGUAGCAGAAGUUCGACAAGGCGUACCAAGAAAUCAGUUGUGCGAGUUGCAGCUUCAGAUAUUGAGGCAGAAGACAAGAGCUCAACAAGCACGGUAGCGGGAGAAUCAGAGCCUGAAAAGCUUGGCGUUUCUGUUCUAGGUCGGCAUUUCGCAGAAAGAGUAGAGCAUGUUCCAAUAAAGAAGCGGAGAUUUAUGGUUUGCUCCCCGACACCAUCAAACAAGUCAUCUGCUCAACGUGAAGGCUCAGAACCUAGAGCGCAGAUCAACCAUGCAUUGCCAGUUUCGAGAUUAAACCCUAAUUUAAUCGAGGGAAGAACAUCGGACGUCGAUAAUGAGAAGCCUGACUGUAGUGGUCAUGACUUUUCUGGUAUCGAGAUACUCGCUGAGGCUGCUUGCAGUAGUGUUAUGAGUAAUGAUCUUGCACCAGCUGUUGACCCUGUGCCUGCUGAAGAACCUCUUGUUCAGCAACAAGAUGCCUCGACCCUAUCGACCCAUGUUGAAGGUAACGAUUCAUCAGCUGGAACUGCUGAUGUCUCCCUGAAAGAUACUGCGGUUGAUUCCAGUGAACAGGCCGGAAGAGGCAAGGAUGAAAUCGCAGCGUCUCAGAAAUCUUCGGUUGAAACUUUGUGCAAUGAUUUGUCUGAUGAGAAAAGUUUAGAGCACAGCAGAGUGACCUCUGGAGGGGCUAGAAAAACCAACAUCGCUCUUUCAGAUGAAUCCUCUACAGAAAGACUGAAGGCUAAUAUGGAAGCAAGUGAAAGUGAGAAUUUAGCACAUGACAGUGGAGCUGUCACGGUGUCAAAGAAAUCAUCGGCUGAUGAGCCCACUGAAAAGAAAAACGAAGACCUUAAAGAUGUUAGGUUUCACUGGGAUUUAAACGUUCCAAUGGAUGCUUGGGGUCAACCUUGCGAGGUAGAAGAUGAAGCCUCUGGAAGAAAUGCAGAGGGAGAGAUCACAGAGUCUAUUGCACCUAAAGAGAGCGAACCUAUUGAUGGAAGAAAGGGUCAUAUGGAUGGGGUGAUUGCAUCAGACAGGCAUACAAAUUUUUCAUCACCAUCUGGAUCUAAGGCGGAAGCAGCUGCUAGAAAUGGCAAGGAGUGCCAAUCUGGUUACGACUCACAGUUUGAGGAUGGAGAGUUGAGGGAACCAUAUCCUUGGGAAGAAAACGAGGGUGAUACGGGAGAUGUAGAACAGUUGGAUUACGGGUCUGAGCCAGAGGAUGAGAGAUUCUACUCUAUGGUUGAUAGUAAUGACAACAAGAUGGGGGAGUCCGAGAAGGGAGUCUUGGCAGAGACAAAGUGUGGAUCUUUAAAGUGUGAAUCUGGUGACGCACUUAGAAUUGGGGAGGCUAAUGAAGGCAGUGACAUAGAGAAGCAUGUUGUGGUUUGCAUGAACGAUUCGCAUCUGAAGAAAGGCUCUUCUUCUCCUUCAAGGAGUUUUGACUCAAGACCAUUGAAGGAGUUGCCUUCACAUGAUGCUAUCCAGAGGAGAAGGCCUGAUAAUUACGAAGAGGGUCAAGAGAAGUUUGUUGGGAGAGAUGAGAGAUCAGGGAUGCAUAUGCGUAACAGGAGUACUGGGAGAGAGUAUUUUAGCCGUUGGGAUUCCAAACGCCGCUUCUCUCCUCCACCUAACUACAAAGGCGGUUCCUAUGGUUUCGGGCGUCCACGGCCUAAAGGCAUUGUAGAUGAUCGAGGUAUGAUGAACAGCUUUGAUCAGUCAGGGUCCGGGCCAGGACCAGGGCCAGGGCCAGGACCAGGACCAGAUGGUCAUGUACGCAGGCAGUUUUCAAAUGGCGGAUACCGAGGUCGGUUUAGAAGGUUUCAAGAUGGCGGUGAUCGUGAUUUCAGGGGACCGCACGGAGAUAACAACCAGUUUCCUGGGCGGAUGCACAACCGGAUGAGUGGUAAUAGGAGGGAGAGAGGCAGCUCUCCGGUCUUCAGGAGAUUGCACUACCCGCAAUCGGAGUCGAGAUCUAGAAGCCGUUCUCCGGUUUCGUGGAACGGCCGGAACAACAGAUCAUCUCCUCCUCCUCCUGGCGGGUUUAGAGCGGACGAGAGGAUGAUGGAGAGAGUGAGGCUGCCUUUCCAGAAACGGUUUCCUGCAGAUCAAGAGAUGGGUUUCAUGUCACCUCCUAGAAACAGAAUGUCGUCGCCGAGGUUCUUUGAAGGGAGGAACAACAGUAAUAAUGAUUCCGGAGACUUCAGGGAAAGGAAGUUCCGGCCUGGACAGAGAUUUGAUGCCGGAAACUCUACGAGAAGAUUCAACUCUGACAACAACUACAACAACAACAACCACUUCAGACCGUUUAUUCGCAACAAAAGAUUUGAGAGUGCAGAAGACAACAAUGGCGGGAACAGGUUUGAGAUGGCUCAGCAGCGGAAUCGGCGGUCUGAGGCCACAGAAGAUGGCGGUGGCGGUGGUGGUGGUGGUGGUGAUGAUAUUCGACGGUUCAGGUUGAAUGGAGAACAGUCGGCGGUGGUAGCGAGCAGCAACGACAACAACAAUAACAAAGAGUCAUGA